ACAUAUAUGCUUUAUCUUUCGACUUUGACUUAGCAUUGUGGAAGCCGCGAGAGGGAGAUUAGAGUUCUCCCCCACCGACGGAAACAAAUACGACUUUCGGGGAUUAGCUUCCCCCCCGAUGGAUACAAAGGCUGCUUUCAGGGGCUCGGUUCCCUCUCCGAUGAAUACAAAGGUCGCUUUCUUAAAAAGUGGGAUCGGAGACAAGUGGGAAUCCAUUGAAGCGGAACAAGGAGCGUUUCCAGUGAACUUUUCUUUCGACCGCGGAGAGAUUUGAAACGGGCGCAUCACACUUGUGGGAGGAGCUUCUCCUACCUUCUUGACUUGUAACCGACUAUAGUACGUUUGUCGGCGUUUGUCGGCGUUUGUCGGUUGCGGUAGUUUUGCCAGUAUUGCGCGAUCCUUGCAAAGCGGUUUUCUGUUCCCUUUACAAUGGCACGCAGGUGUUGCCUGCUGCUCUGCAGGCGAAAUUUGAGCUGUGUCUCGGACGUUGCCAGAGUUUCUACCUUCGGAGCAUUGGGAUAUGCAAAGACAGAAGCACGCAGCUGGCUCCGAGGGCUGGGCAGCUUUGCGUGGCCUCAUGCACGCUCGCCCGCUUGUCGGUUCUCCUCCCUGCCGGUGAAAAAAAGACUCGCCAGAAAGAAAACUGUUGCAGAGCAACCGGCACCUGAAAGCUGCUCCCUGGCAGUUGCAUACAGCACGGCAGAGGAGUACAACUUGGCCUCCCUUGCAAAGGCCUUGCAAAAGCAGGGCUUGUAUGAACAAAAGACUUUGUCUGACGACGUGGCAGAUGUGCUAUGUGCCGCUGCUAAGUACAAGCUGGAUGAGGAACCGAGGAACAUGUUCAUCUUUAGGGAAGGAUCAGUUGUCUUCUGGAAUUUUCCCGAAAUUGAGAGAAAGGCCAUACUUCAAUUCCUCAAACCGUAUGAAGAAAACUCUUACUGCAGCACGCUUGUAGAGCAGGAAAUUGAAGCCCUGGAAUUCAAGCACCACGAACACAGGACGAGGCUUGUGAAUGGAAACAUCUUUCUGUCUCCUCAGAGCCCCGACACAGACCUAGAGAAGUACACCUUUUCAAAUGGAAUGGCCCUGUCGGUUAAAUUGGCCAUUUGGGAAGCAUUUCUGGACGCCUACGUCGAGAGUGUGGAAAGCAUAAUCGAGGACAUGAAAGAAGGGAGAACAAUAACCAUGACGAGGGAGCAUGUCUUCAGAAAGACGGGAGAACUGUUUUCACUGAGGCACCUGAUCAAUCUCAGCUCGGACUUGCUGGACACGCCAGAUUUCUACUGGGAUCGGCCGGCGCUUGAGAGCCACUACCUCAAGGUUGUGAGGUACAUGAACAUCGGGAGGAGAACAAAGGUGAUGAAUGAGAAGCUGACUCAUUGUUGCGAGCUAAUGGAGCUGCUCAGCCACCACCUAGAAGACAAGCACCACGUUCGGCUGGAGGUCAUGAUCAUUGUUUUGAUCAUGGUCGAGGUGGUGUUUGAAUGCUUACAUUAUGCAGCAAAGUUCUUUUAGCCAUCGUAAUCUGUUGACAAGUAGUGCAUGCACAUCCCUGUCGCAUGAAAAAUUAAAAUAGUACAUAUGUUUCUCCAUAGAAACUGAUAUUACAUUGGGUCGCUGUGCCUUUUGUGCUGUGCAUACAUGUUGCUACCAGCUACAUAGUUGACUGUCUUUUUAGGUUAUCACAAAAAUAAAAUACAUACUUUUUUUU